UUUAUAUUUAAUAAAUAACAAAUUCAAAUAUAAUUUAUUUCCACCAAUUGACUUUCUAUUCCUCAUUUUCAGAAUUUGACCAAAUUUUGCAAUGUAUAUCAUGCUUUACAUUACCAUGCAUCCAGUUACCAUGCCAAAUUAUAUAAUGUAUAUAAGGCUGAUGAGAAGUGGAAAACUCCAGUUGAAAUGAAUUUAUCACAAGAACUGGCAGAAUUACAUCAUGAAAAUGUAGUAGCCUUAUUGGAUUGCAAGGAAACUGCACAUCAUGUUUAUUUAGUAAUGGAGUAUUGCAAUGGUGGUGAUCUAGCAGAUUACUUACAUGUUAAAGGUACUUUAAGUGAAGAUACCAUUCGGUUUUUUUUACGACAAAUAGCUGGUGCUAUGAAAGCUCUCAAUGGAAAAGGAAUUGUACAUAGAGAUUUGAAACCUCAGAAUAUUCUUUUGUGUCAUUCAGGCAAACCAAACCCUCCUCCCUCAGAUAUAACUUUAAAAAUUGCUGAUUUUGGUUUUGCUAGAUUUUUGCAAGAUGGUGUUAUGGCUGCUACUUUAUGUGGAUCACCAAUGUAUAUGGCUCCCGAAGUAAUAAUGUCACUACAGUAUGAUGCUAAAGCAGAUCUUUGGAGUAUUGGAACAAUAGUUUUUCAAUGUUUAACAGGAAAAGCUCCUUUUCAGGCUCAAACUCCUCAAGCUUUAAAGCAAUUUUAUGAAAAAAAUGCAAAUCUUCUGCCAAGAAUUCCUCCUGGGACAUCUUCAAAUUUAAAUGAUCUUUUGAUUAGAUUAUUAAAAAGAAAUGCAAGAGAUCGAAUGGAAUUUGAUGAAUUUUUCAAUCAUCCAUUCUUAAAAACAGUUACAAGAGAAACUUCGCCUGUACCAGUUCCUAGUCGUCAUUCCCUUUCACCUACUUCUCCUCGUACGCCACAAUACGGAUCACCUCUCUCAGGGAAUUUGGCACCAUCACCACUUGGAUGGGAUAAAGAAAUGGGAGGAGAAGAAAUGGCUCAGGAACCAAUAUCUGUGUCUAGGGAAGUUAAGCAAACAUCCUCACCAGAUGAACAGGACUUUGUAAUGGUUCCUGAAAGUCUUCCUAUUGACAGAUCAUAUAACAAAGUGAAUAGUCCUGGAAAAUGGCAACAAAGUGAUAUUAAUAGGACUCUUACUAUGGCCAACACACCACCAAAAUGUACAGCUGACAUUGAAAUGCAAUCUAAUAAUGAUUUUACGAUUCAAGAGCACAACAAGAAUUCACCCGAGUGUACUCGGUCAAAUUCUCUUCCUAUGAUAUCUCCAAUAGGUAGUCCGACUCAGCCACGCUCGGAACCAAUACCGGUGCCAUCGCAAAAGGAGGCUUACCAACAAAUACAGAGGAGUUUACAAGAUUCAUCGUCAUCCUCACAAAAAUCAAAUGAAAAAUCUCAUUCUAUAAUGGAUGUCUUACCAUCUCCUACUUCAUCACCCAUAACACCAAAACUUCCAUUUUCUCAAAGAGAGUCACCUAGUUCUCAACCAAUUGAUAAUAGUAUAAAAAUAACGGAUAUUAGCUCUUUAUCACCUCCCUCUGUUCAGUUUACUACUGGAACGCUUCCAUUAGGCACUAGAAGAAGAAGUCUCAGUGGUGAAAGUCCUCCACUAGCAACAUGGAGACCUUCUAUUUCUUUACGUCAGUCUAUAACACCACCUCCUACAUCACUCUCUGUAUCUCCUAUUCGUCGUUCAGGCACUAUUGUUCCGCCUGUAUCAAACUAUCUUUCAACCACUGGACAUGGAAAUCCUCUGUCACCAAUUUUAGCAUCACCUGCUAGAGAAAUAUCGACAGUAGAAUCAAAAACAUUAGAUGUAGCUAAUAGAAUGUCUCCUGUUUCUACUAAAGAAAUUGAACAUUAUAAAAAUGUUAAUCUAGUAUCAUCAAUUCAUGCUAGUUAUGGAAACAAAACUAUGACUAUUCCAGAUCUAAAUUCAAAAGAUAUAUUUCAAGGAAAUACAAGAGAAUCUUUAGAAUAUUCUAACAAUAGUAUUCAAAGAUCUGGUAGUGCUGGAAAGCUUAUAGAUCAAAUACAUUGGAGAGGUUCCCAUAUAGUUGGAGCAGUGCCACCAAGUCCUCCCACAAGUAUGAUGCCUUACAGUCACCAUCAUAUCCAUCAUCAUCAAUGUCAUAUAUCUGGACCUCUUAGCCCACAUAACUCUCCAGGAAGAACUCGAAGAAGUUCCAUUUCCAGUGGUAGAUUGUUUACAGAUUCGUCAUCUCCAACUGGUCCGGGUUUUAUGUAUUUUGGUACUUCUCCUCCCAAUAUGGAAGGCCCAAUUUUGUUCACUGCUCCCGAUUUACCCGAGGAAACUUUACUACAGAGAGAACAUAAUGAGACUCUAGCAAAAUUAAAUUUUAUUUUGGCAUUAGUAGAUUGUAUAUUAGAACUUGCAAAAUCAAAAUCAAAUCCAAUUACUGCUUUAACUGAGUCGUACAAUGAGACUAAUAUUGAACAAAUAUCAUUAGUAAGUGAAGGGUAUAGAAGAGCCGAACAAUUAGUUCUAUACAUGCGGGCUCUGCAACUAUUGUCAUCAUCUCUUCAGUUAUCUCGCCAAGAAGUGCAGGCUGGUAAUCUUCAGCCUUCUUCCACUGUUAGAACAGUAUUACGUACAAUGAAAGAACAUUUUCAUUACUGUCUCAGCAUGUGUAAAUUACUGAAUACAUCUGGUAUCUUACAUUCGACCGGUGUCGAUCCAAAUUCUUCUGCAAUAACAGCUGAUCGGUUACUUUAUAACUAUGCCAUAGAUAUGUGUCAGUCGGCUGCUUUGGAAGAAUUAUUUGGAAAUCCAGAAGAAUGCUUUCGAAGAUAUCAAACAGCUCAAAUUCUUUUGCAUAGUCUAUCUCAACAAAUUAAUCGAGAAGAAGAUAGGAAGCUUCUAAUUAAAUAUAAAGAUGCAGUGGAAAAAAGGCUUUUUGUUCUACAUAGCCAAGGAUUCGUUAUAGCGUAUGAUAGUAAUUGAGGUUGUGUUUUAGAUUUACUGAAUUAUAUAUAGAAGACUUAUUUCCAAAAAUACAUCAUUAGGAUCUCGUAAGGCACUGUUAUUUCCUUGUGAUACAUUUCAUCUAGUUCCAUUUGGCAACUGUGAUUGAUUAUUUUGGGUAAUAGUGUUGUAUGGUCAAACUUUAGACAGAUCUUGUGAAUACUUCGUCCAAUAGACAAUUUUCUCUAGAACCCUAUCUAUAAGUGUAGAAUCGAUAUAAAAUAUUAUAUUGUAUCCUCUCCAAAUUAAACAUUGCCUUUUUUUAUUAUUGUUUAUUAUAUUUACAAUAUUUAUUCAUUUUUAAUGAAUUAUAUUUCCUAAGCCAAUUAUGAUUAUGUUUUCAUUAUUUAAAUUGGUUUUAUUAGGAAAUAUUUAUGUACUGUAUAUGUAUAUGUCAGUUUCUUCAUUGCUCGGAAAGAGACUGAAAUUUGAAUGGAAACGUGAUUGAUAAAGUUGAUUUUUUUAUAUUAUAUAUAUUACAUAUAAAUGUUUUUAUGACAUUUUGCAUGUAAUUUCAAUGAUUAUAAAAGACACAACUAUUGCUGCAAACUACUGCAUCCUUUAAAAUUAUUAUAGAUUUCUGGCAAUUAUACGUGCCUUUAAAUUGUUAACAGUACAUUUGUGUGCUAGUCUGGUUUUCUCGAGUCCACAUUUUGCAACGCCGAGUGAAACUUUACUUAUGAAAUGUAUGUUGUAAGUUGUGAAUAUUCCUUGAAACAUUGAUUGUUUUCUCAACCCUUGUGCAGUGGCCAUAAAGAGGAGAUAUUAUUUUGUGAAAAAUGUGGACUUUAUGAACUCAAAAAUAUGCUUAAUCUUUUGUUGAUUGCUUGACUAUUCACAGAAAUAUUCAAAUAAAAACUUUGAUAACGUUUUUAUUUGAAUAUUUAUG